AUGUCUGAUGAUGCUAUGGAUGUAGAUGUGAGCCCAAAUGUGGCUGAUGAGAAGAAAACAAAUGAAGAUAUUGUGGAUAAACUAUUAGAGGUUUUGAAGCAAGUGUCCAAAAGCACCCUAUCUAUGGAUUCCCGAUAUGUGUGGAAGUCUUUGAAGGACUUGUCAGCAUUUAGACAUGAAUUAAAUGUAGAGAAUGUUUCUAUUUUAGUCAAUUUGCUCUAUCCUGAUGAAUCUCCAUACAAAAAGUACUUAUUGAAGACCAUCCAUCCUACUUCUAAACCAAAGGUUGAAGAUGCUGUUUCUUUUAGAGAUCGUUAUCCAGCGAGCUUGUAUCAGUUACAACAGGAUGGUACCAGUUUGGAUGUCUCCUCAGAGGUGAAUACAUUUGUUCAUUACAUUCUACAAUUGCUCCUAUUGGAUUCCCAAAGGGUGGAUGAGUUACAACAUUUUAACACUGAAUAUGUUGUACCUAAAAUACUAAAACAUUACAACAACAGAAACUUAGACUUGGUGAAUGCCAAAAUAUGGUUCUACAUCAACAGAGCCAAUGAAUUGACAUCCUCUCCGGAAGACGCCGCAUUGUUGUUUGAAAUGAUGCAAUAUAUGAAGACAGCAACUUUAAAACACGACAAUGAAACUAAAGCUACUUUGAUAACUAGCAUUCUAAGACACUACUUGAGAUUAGGUGAAAUCGAACUAGCUGCUGAUUUUGUUACCAAAAUUGAAUUCCCUUCUGGCGAUAACGUUUCUAGUCCCUUGGAAGCUCGUUAUUACUUCUAUCUUUCUAAGAUUCACGCUAUUCAAUUAGACUAUUCUCAAAGUCAUGAGUACGUCAUUUCAGCUUUGAGAAAGGCUCCACAUACAAAAAACAGUUUGGGAUUUUUGCAACAGGCAAACAAAUUGCAGUGUUGUAUCCAACUUCUAAUGGGUGAUAUUCCAGAACUAACAUUUUUCCAUCAAAGGGGCCUAGAAAAAUCACUAUUGCCUUACUACCAUAUCACCAAGGCUGUCAAACUAGGUGAUUUGAACCUCUUUACCCAAUCCCUUUCUAAAUAUAAAAACCAGUUGACCAAGGAUGCUAACUAUCAGCUUUGUGUCAGACUCAGAUCAAAUGUUAUCAAAACAGGUAUCAGAAUGAUAUCUUUAACCUACAAAAAGAUUUCCUUGAAGGAUAUUUGUCUCAAAUUACAUUUAGACUCAGAACAGACUGUAGAGUACAUGGUCUCUCGUGCGAUCAGGGACGGUGUUAUCGAAGCUAAAAUAAAUCACGAAGAAGGUUAUAUUGAAACCAGCGAACUAUUAAAUGUUUACUCGACCAAACAACCACAACAGGUUUUCGAUGAAAGAAUUAGAUUUGUGAAUCAUUUGCAUUCAGAUUAUGUCACUGGUAUGAGAUUUCCAGAUUCAAGAGAUAAGAAAGGCAAAGAUGCUGACCAGCUGACCACAGAAAGCUUAGAAACAAGCUUAGACUUGGAUUCAAUGAACCUUUCCGAUUUUGAUUCCGAUCUUGAUGACAUUCUCUAG